AUGGACAGGUCCUACUACGCGCUUGUGCUCCUCUGCCUGUGCCUCGGCACGCUCCGUGCCGCCUCCGCCGCGUCGGUCACCACCGGCACUCCCGACGGCUCGGAGCUGUGGGGGUACGUCGAAGUCCGGCCAAAGGCGCACCUGUUCUGGUGGUACUACAAGAGCCCACAGAGGACGUCGACGCCGGGGAAGCCAUGGCCGACCAUCCUCUGGCUGCAGGGUGGCCCGGGCGCGUCCGGCGUCGGGCUCGGCAACUUCCUGGAGGUGGGGCCGCUGGACGUCGACCUGAAGCCGCGCAAUUCGACGUGGCUGCAGAAGGCCGACCUCAUCUUUGUGGACAACCCAGUGGGCGUCGGGUACAGCUACGUGGAGGACGACAGCCUGCUGGUGACCACCGACUGGCAGCAGGCGGCGGACGCCACCACGCUGCUCAAGGCGCUGGUCAAGGAGAUACCCACGCUGCAGAGCAGCCCGCUGUUCCUGGUCGCCGAGUCCUACGGCGGCAAGUACGCCGCCACGCUGGGCGUGUCAGUCGCCCGGGCCGUCCGCGCCGGCGAGCUCAAGAUCACGCUCGCAGGUGUCGCCCUCGGAGACAGCUUCGUCUCGCCGGUGGAUUUCACGGUCUCGUACGUGCCGCUGCUCCUGAGCGUGUCGAGGCUGGAUGACAACGCCGCCGCCGAAGCAAACAAGAGGACGCAGACGGUGAAGAAUCAGAUCGCCGCGGGGCAGUUCGCGGCAUCUCAGGGAUCGUGGAACGACCUGCUGGCCUUCAUAGACACCAAGAGUGGCAGCGUGGACGUGUACAAUUUCCUUCUUGACAGCGGCAUGGACCCAGUGUCGGCAGACACGCCGGCGGCGGGCUCGUCGUCGCCCACGCCCAGCAACGUGCAGGCGUUGAGGUACUCGACGUACCUCGGCAGCCAGGACUCGGCUGGCUCCUCCAACACCAUCGACGGCAUCAUGAACGGGGUCAUCAAGGAGAAGCUCAAGAUCGUCCCCAAGGACCUCAAGUGGGUGGAGGUCUCCAAUGCCGUCUACUAUGCGCUGGUCAACGAUUUCAUGAAGCCAAGAAUCGAUGAGAUUGAUGAGCUGCUAUCCUAUGGCGUGAAUGUCACGGUGUACAACGGGCAGCUCGACGUAAUCUGCUCUACCGAUGGCGCAGAAGCAUGGGUUCAGAAGCUCAAAUGGGAUGGGCUGAAGACCUUCCUGAGCCUGCCGAGGCAGUCUCUGUACUGCGGCACCAGCAAAGGAACCAAGGCUUUCGUCAGGUCCUACAAGAACCUGCACUUCUACUGGAUUCUUGGAGCUGGUCACUUUGUGCCGGCCGACCAGCCUUGUAUCGCGCUGAGCAUGAUCGGCAGCAUCACCCAGUCUCCGGCCAACUUUGCACUGCAGCUAGGCUACCAGAGCAAUGAAGACUUGAAGGUACAUUGGCUGCUACCAGGGAAGACAUUAGCAGAUGGUCUUCGUCUCAUAGUUUUAGAUACUGACACCAAUGUAAUGGCAACAUGUGUAGAGGAUGUCAAAAAUCUAAUAGUGUAUUUUGUUCAUGAGGAUGUGUUCAGAGAAGUUGAUUGGGAUGAUGUUGUUGCAAAUCCAGUGACUGAAUUGCCAAAGGUCAUCAGCCCAAGCAAAGUGCAGAAUGUGGAGAAGAAUCCUAAAGAAAAGUUGCAUGUUUUCUACACAAAUUUGGAUAACAUAAGGGUGGAUCAAGCUGUUGACAGUGAAGAUGAUGUGCUGUGGGAUAGUGAUAAUGAGAUAGAAGAGAGAGAUGUAGAUCUGUUUGAUGACCUUGUAACUUCUCAUGUACAAGUUAAAGACCACAAGAAAGCCAAAGGCAACAAACUGAAUACAUUAGAGAUAUCUAGACCUGUACAGGGAAGUGAUGAAGAGGAUAUAGAUGAUGAAGGUUUGGACCUUCCAGAAUCAGAUGGGGAAGGUGAUACUUACUAUGGGUUACACAAUUGCCAGAAGGAGUGGGUGCUCAAGAGAUGUACUGCAAAAUGGUUGGCUGCAAAGUACAUUGAGUCAUUUAGAGCAAAUGACAAGAUGAGCAUCACUAGUUUUGGAAGGACAGUACAAAAGGACCGGAACCUUACACCAUCAAGGAGCAAACUUGCUAGAGCUAGAAGAUGGAUCAUGAAGGUUAUUCAUGGAGAUGAGGUGUUACAAUUUAAUUCCUUGUGGGAUUAUGGAAAUGAACUGAGGAAGAGUAACCCUGGGAGUUCUUUCUACCUUAACCUUCAGGGUAGCCUCUUUAGUAGUUGCUACAUGUCACUUGAUGCUUGCAAGAGGGGUUUUCUUGCUGGGUGUAGGCCCAUAAUUUGUCUUGAUGGGUGUCAUGUUAAAACCAAGUUUGGUGGUCAACUUCUUACAACAGCUGGUAUGGACCCUAAUGACUGCAUUUACCCUAUUGCCUUUGCUGUUGUUGAGGGUCUAAUUCCAGCAGUGAAGCAAGUGUUUCCUGAUUCAGAACACUGGUUCUGUGUCAGGUCUUCUUCAGUUCAACAGUGGACCAGAAAUAUAGAGAAGAUGAAAGCUUUGAAUGAGGAUGCCUACAAAUGGCUAGAGAAGAUGCCUCCUAACACAUGGGUAAGGGCUUACUUCUCUGAAUUUCCUAAAUGUGACAUUUUGCUGAACAACAACUGUGAGGUCUUCAAUAGCUAUAUUCUAGAAGCUAGAGAAUUGCCAAUACUUAGCAUGCUGGAAAGGAUAAAGUGCCAACUCAUGACAAGGCACUACAACAAGCAACAAGAGUUAGGAAAAAAUAUACAAGGUGCUUUCUGUCCCAAGAUUAGGAAAAAGGUUGCAAAAAAUGUAGAGUUUGUAAAUAUGUGUUUUGCUUCACCAUUAGGACAGGGUGUCUUCCAAGUGCAGAUAAAGGAUUACCAGCACAUACAAUGCAAGGACAUGUGA